AUGGUGGAAUGGUGUGACUACUGCACACUACCCGAAGACUCGGCCACAUCGUUUCUGAUCUCCCCCCGGUGCGCUAUGGUAGGCGUAGACAAGUCACAGCAGAGACACCACUCCACCACACUCUGCGUGCACUCGAAAGCCUCGCAGCUACAGCACCCCCUCCAUGCCCCCACAUCUCACCGCGCAUUCGUAGAAGACAAUCCGCUCUCCCCCUUCGUCCAUGGCCUGCGCGUGUCGUCGUCGCCUCUGCCAGCCACUGCCGAUGCAGCAAGCACAGACCCUUCGCUGGUAGAGGGUCCGGCGGUAGGGAGGGCGCCCCAAACCUCAGCCCUGGCCAUUUGGGCGGUUGUGUUGUUUGGGUUGGCUAUCCUCGCCACGGGUGUGUGCUGCAUUACCGUCUACUGCAAACGCCAGAAGCGUAAGCGUGACAUCCAGAACCUGCGCAAUGUGUACUCCAUGACUGGUCGCCCGUCAGCGGCUGAUCACAGUCUUAAGUUUGGCCAGGCGCGGUUCGGAGAGGACAAUAUUCUGUCCGUAAGCCGCGACUCACUACCGCCGAAUCCAUCGAUGGUCAAUCCUGAUCCACGGUGCAACUACGACGAGCAGGCCGACCCCUAUGCUGAGCCCGAUCUCAUCGGCGACCUCAGCACCACAGACACCAACAGCAAGCUUGUGGAUGUGGCAAUGGGCGAACGACCCACCGCCACGCGCACAAAGACACGAGCCCAACGCACACACACCCUCAUUCCCACCUUUGCCGAUAUAACAUCCCCACAACCCGCCAACGCCGCCACGCGUAGUUCCGCUUAUGCCGAAGGAGCCGUGCCCGACUUCAUGCCGUCCUCACCCACCAUGCCUCACAUUCUCAGUGUACGUGCCAGAGGAGUGUUGGGCGUGGAUUCCGAUGACCACUUCGGCUCAAAUGGUCACUAAAAGGCCGUAGGACAUGGAUGAGCAUACGUAUAAUACGAUAAAAUACAUAGUACGACAAAGUAACAUAGGAAAAUAAAGCCA